CUACACACCCUGACCUGCAUCGCCCUGGGUCUCUCGAGCCUGCUGCCCGCUCCCCCGCCCCACCAGCCAUGAUGGUUUCUGGAGGCCCCGCAUCCCUGGGUGGGGGCUGUCUUGGCACCUUCACCUCCCUGCUGCUGCUGGUGUGGACAGCCACCCUCAAUGCGGCCAGGAUACCUGUUCCCCCAGCCUGUGGGAAGCCCCAGCAGCUGAACCGGGUUGUGGGCGGCGAGGACAGCACUGACAACGAGUGGCCCUGGGUCGUGAGCAUCCAGAAGAAUGGGACCCACCACUGCGCCGGCUCCCUGCUCACCAGCCGCUGGGUGAUCACUGCUGCCCACUGUUUCAAGGACAACCUGAACAAGCCAUCCCUGUUCUCUGUGCUGCUGGGAGCCUGGCAGCUGGGGAAUCCUGGCUCUCGGUCCCAGAAGGUGGGUGUUGCCUGGGUGCAGCCCCACCCUAUGUAUUCCUGGAAGGAGGGUGCCCGUGCGGACAUCGCCCUGGUGCGUCUCGAGCACUCCAUACAGUUCUCGGAGCGGGUCCUGCCCAUCUGCCUGCCUGAUGCCUCUAUCCACCUCCCUCCAAAUACCCACUGCUGGAUCUCAGGCUGGGGGAGCAUCCAAGAUGGAGUGCCCUUGCCCCACCCUCAGACCCUGCAGAAGCUGAAAGUUCCUAUCAUCGACUCAGAAGUCUGCAGCCGCCUGUACUGGCGGGGAGCAGGACACGAAGCCAUCACUGAGGACAUGCUGUGUGCUGGCUACUUGGAGGGGGAGCGGGAUGCUUGUUUGGGCGACUCCGGGGGCCCCCUCAUGUGCCAGGUGGACGGCGCCUGGCUGCUGGCCGGCAUCAUCAGCUGGGGCGAGGGCUGUGCCGAGCGCAACAGGCCCGGGGUCUACAUCAGCCUCUCUGCGCACCGCUCCUGGGUGGAGAAGAUUGUACAAGGGGUGCAGCUCCGUGGGCGCGCUCAGGGGAGUGGGGCCCUCGGGGCACCGAGCCCGGGCUCUGGGGCGGCCGCGCGCUCCUAGGGCGCAGCGGGUCGCGGGGCUCGGAUCUGAAAGACGGCCAAAUCCAGAUCUGGAUCUGGAUCUGCGACGGCCUCGGGCGGAUUCCCCCGCUGUAAAUAGGUCCAACUACCUCUGGGGGCCCGGUCGGCUGCCGCGGAAAGGAUACCCCUCCCCGCCCCGCCCGACGGCCUCAGGUCCCGCCUCCAAGGCCUCAGGCCCCGCCCCCGACUUCCGGUCCCGCCCCGGGCCCCAUUGCUUUUGUGUUUAUAAAAGUUAAUGAUUUUUAUAGCUAUUUGUAACCCUGCCCACAUAUCUUAUUUAUUCCAACAAUUUCAAUAAAUUAUUUAUUCU